GCGGGUGUGGAGGCUGUGACUGCGUCUUCGGCUGCUAGCCUUCGUAUCCAGCAGAAUGGCUCUGGAGACAGUGCCGAAGGACCUGCGGCAUCUGCGGGCUUGUUUGCUGUGUUCGCUAGUCAAGACUAUAGACCAGUUUGAAUAUGAUGGUUGUGAUAACUGCGAUGCAUACCUACAAAUGAAAGGUAACAGAGAGAUGGUAUAUGACUGCACCAGCUCUUCCUUUGAUGGAAUCAUUGCAAUGAUGAGUCCAGAGGAUAGCUGGGUCUCCAAAUGGCAGCGAGUCAGUAAGUGUCUCCCUUUCUCCUUAUCCUGGCCUAUGCAGUGUUGGUAUUAUGCCCCGAUGAAAGAGUCUUAAAUUAGUAGCG